UUGGAGGCAGAUUGGAAGGAUUUGGACCCUUUCAAACUGUCAUUGUUAACCCCCGUUGAUACCUUAGGACUCCUGAAGAGGAGGUGUAUGUUAGGGGUUCAGCCCCUCCUCUCUUUGAUGCGGGCUGGACAGAGAUGCUAGGUCAAACCUCUGCUUCUUCCGAAGAGUCCCUCAGUCACAAACAGGACAAACCAGCUUGCCAUUCCUGAGAUGCCCAACACAGAAGCCAAACAAAAAUUAAGGCAAAGCCCUACAAAACUUUCAGCCCUGCUCUGUGGAUAUUAAAAGUAGUAAACAUAGGGUACAAAUCCAUUCCUCUGUGAUGCACGUGACCUUUAACACUGUAUCCUCUGUUUAAACAAAGUGCUUGGCCAAGCUGACACUGCAAAGCUUUCCUGGCACAGCUUCACUGGUUGGGAGCUUAGAAAAACAUUGUGCGGCGUAAGUCCCCAUCCCACUGGGCUCCUGCAGAGACAUUAGUUAUUGUAGCACCUGUGCUGGCUGCAGCGUCUGGGAAGAGCAAGGGCACGCUGGACUGUUCCUCGUAAGGGAUGGUGGGGAAAACGCUCUUUAGAGCAAGGGCUAAGUGUGUUGUCUGUGCUUUCACCUCCUCUCUCAUUUCUUUGGUCUACAUGCUUUCCCUUGAGCACUAAUACAUCAUAUGUGCAUGAAGUUUAUCUUCUGCAAGGGGCUCCUCUUUCUUCUGCACCUAAGGACGGCAUCCCAAAAGGCAUUAAAACAUAAUCUUCUGUUGAAAAGGACGCCUACCUGGUUUGCUUUUGUGCAUGCUGGUAGUUGGCAAGACAUAUCCUGAACCUUCGCUACAAAUGAAAACCCAAAGGCGAGCCAAGUAUUUGACACCGGUUUCAUAAAAGUUUGGCCGGUGGCUCACUGUCACUCGCAACGUUUAUUUCUAAAUCACCAAAAACAGUCAACUUAGUUUCAUCACCAGGAAUCUGGGUUUAGCGUUUCCCACAGAAAACCCCCACAGAUUUUCCCUUUAAACCGAGAAAAACACCGAUUUUUUUGUUUUAAUGGAGAAACACACUGAUUUCCCACUUCUGCAAAGAGCUCUCUGCAGGUUGGCAGUUCCAGCCCGCAAGGGGCCGAGAGGAGCGGGAGGAGGGCUGUCAGGCAGGGGUGCCACGUGGCCGCCCAGCAGCCUGCAGGUGGGGGCAGGGGGAAUUGAGGCCCCCACAGGUACGGAGGGAGGGAGCUGGGCAGGGCUGGAGCUGUUGUAGGGUGGCCAUCGUAGAGGACAGUCCUGUUGUCCUGUCCUCUGUUGAUACAAAACCAGAUGCCUUUAUGUCCUCUAUUUUUCUCUUGAGGAGAAGGAGGUGAGAGGCUCAAGCUAGAACGUGGAGAAAAGGGAGAGAUGAAUCUGGUUAGAAACAGAGGCAGAGAUUUCCUGUCUCUGUCACCCCAAAACCCUUUUGGCCUGCCAAGUUCUACCCAAAUGCACUUAGGGGUCCCAGACCAUACAGCCCACUGACUCGUGAGCCACCCUGUAUUAGAAACAGUAGUCUCAGUCCAGGACAGGAUAAAACAAGUGUGCGAUAUAAAUUCCACUGCAUUUAAAUUCCAAGCAAAACCUUAGACUAAGUGUCAGUACAGCUUUAGGAGCCAGGUACUUACCAAGAAUUCAGUCUAAAAGGGUAGACAACAAAGCCCAGGCAGUGACAGCGCUUUUAUUCUCACGUAGACUACCUGCUGCCAUUGACACUAAUCCCAAAGCCCUUGGGGAGAUCUUUAAUAGGUAUUCAGAUGUGUGAACUAGGGCCCAGCCUCUCUCUCACCUGGCUCCAAUGUUUCACUUUCUUUAAUGAGCUACAGGCCCAAGGAGCAGAAUUAGAGAGUUGUUAUAAAUCAGCAGGGCGCACUGGGCUCAGCCCUGCUAACAUUCUUCCAGGGGCAUGGCAACAGUAGAUUCUAAUACAGUGUUCCUGAGUUUCAAGAAAAACACAUUUUGGGAAAGCCUGCAUCUCAAGAGUGGCCUUGAAGACUGGGAUAUGGAAGAGGAGCUCAAACUGACCAACACCUGUGAUCAGUUCCCCCAAGCUGCUGUCAAGGAAGCAAACCACCACAUGCUGAAAUGGCAGUGUGACCAGCAGGCAUGCAGGCAAUCACUCCCCAGGGAACGGUCUGAUGCGCCUCCUGAUGAAUCAAAUGUGCAGCCUCAUCUGUGGAUGUGGGUGAACCCUAAUGCGGCCUGCCCCACUGCAAGGCAUGUGGGCACAGAUGCGACGGAAGGUAGGAGUCUCUUGUCCUCAACAGCUGCUGCCGCCAUAAGCCUUCCAUCUCCAAGCCCUUCCUUGGAUUACUCCAACCUUGACUGCUCAGAGGAGGAUCUGCUGUCAUCAGCCAGUGAGGCAGAGAAGUUUACUGAGGAUGAAGAUGCUGCAUCUGUAGACAUCCAACUCUCUCAGAAGAUGGUGGAAGCUCCCAAAUUCAAGGCGAACCUGGCACCCUGGAAAGCAAAGGUCUCCAGGUCUCAGAGCAGGAAGCUCAAGUACACCCUGCAGGCGAAGGCCAAAACCAAGGAGAUCUGGCCUCGCCCCCCCCUUAAUUACUGCAUCCUCAUCACCCUGGCCCUGUACAACAGUGCAGAGGGCAGCCUGACUGUGCAGCAGAUCUACCAAUUCACACGGCAUCACUUCCCAUUCUUCCAGACAGCCCCAGAUGGCUGGAAAAACACUAUUCGACACAACCUGUGCUUCAGCAGCAGUUUCGAGAAAACCACCCGCUUUGUGUGCACAGAGGGGAACCGCAAGGCACGCCUGUGGAAGCUGACCGCAGACGGACGCAGGAAGUUUGAGGAAGAGAUGCAGGCUCUACCCACGGAGGCUCUCGACUUGGUGCACCAAAGCAUGAACGAACCAGGUACAGUCCAAAGGGAGCAAUUCUUGUCCGAGCGGUCCAGGCAAGAGCAGCAGUCUCUGGAGACUGUUGUGAGGGAGCUGCAACUGGGCCACAUCUGCGUGUGGAGGGCCCUAGGGAAGGAGCAGAGAGCAGGCUAGGCUGAAUGGCUGACAAAGACAAGCUUUAACCGAAGCCAGGAGAGGGGCUGCUGCGUGGAACCAUCCUCCCUUUGAAUAGAUGAGCCACUCGUGCUCCCCCUUGUCUGAACCGUCUUCCUACCCCCAGCACUUGACAAGGCACCAGAAACCUCUUACACACCAUUUCACUGUGCUCUGCUCCACCAUUAAGAGUUUGGAGGCACGCUAGGGCCCCUCUACACCUUACAUUUAUGCCACAAUCAAUGCACUAAUCACAGCACACACAGCAAAGCUGUUACGUAUACACCCAAUUUAAGGCACCAUGAAAUAUUAAGCCAGCUAUAAAAAUGUUACCUACAGAACACUUUUAUGGCCGAUUUGUGUGGCGCUAGAAAUUGAACAAGCGGCAUGUUUGCACACCGGGCUCCCUGGAGCUGAUACCCAACAAGCUCAUUGUAGGUACCGCCGCCAGGGCAGGCCUGGUUUUCCAACUCAGCCCGGAGAUACCUCGUGGGGAAGAGGGGCGGCAAAUCAUAGUUUCUAGGGUUGGAAGGGACCUGAAC